AUGCUUGGAGAUAACGCAACUUUAAAUGGGUUUUCAAAUAAAUCUGAUCAAAACUUCUUACUAAAGGGCAUUGAUUUCUCGUCGACGAGCAGUAUGAACAAGUUUGGUCUGCUGAGCAGUAUGAACAGGUUUGGCAGUUGGGGAAGGACGGACUCAGGCUGGAAGGGCUACACGAACUAUAAGGUCUUCCUCGUGACUCUAGCAUGCUCAAUAUUCUUCUUCGUCAUGGCAUUCCUGGCGCUGCCGUUUAUCGUAUUCGCACCCUACAAGUUUGGACUGAUGUUCACGAUAGCAUCGAUCCUGUUCCUGGUCUCAAUGUCGUUCUUGCGAGGAUUCGGCUCUCUGCUGGAGCACUUCAUGGCGCCAAAACGCCUGGUUUUCACAGCGUUCUACUUCAUAUCCCUAGUGGCAACCCUGGUAUUCACCCUGGUAUACCCAAUGUACCUAAUGGCAUUCUUAAGUUCCGGCGUUGAGCUGCUCGCACUGGUGACCCUGAUGAUAUCGUAUAUACCGGGCGGUGCUGGUGCUAUUAAGGCAAUGUACUCAUCAUUGUGGUCCUAUAUAAAGGGCAAAAAGUCAGAUUUGCCCCUGUAA